GCUCAUGAUUCAUUGAGCAUUCAUCCUGAACUCUACUGAGCGUUAAUAUUCUUUUAUGGUAUUCACGAGCUAAAGUCUUACCACAUCAUUUGCAUUUCCGUUUUGUUUUGUAUGUUUUUUUUCAAAUGGCGUAUUAUUCUUCCAGCUUCUCCUCCUCCAUUCCUCUCCCUACCCUACCUGAUGUUUCCACCUACCUUACGAUUAAACUUGACCCUACCAAUUACCCUCUCUGGCAAGCCCAGAUGCUUACCUUGCUUCGUAGCAGGAAUCUCACCUCCUGUGUUGAUGGCACUAGCAAAUGUCCUCCUGCCUUUCUCAAAGAUGAUGAGGGCAAUUUUACUGAUACUGUGAAUCCGGAGUUUGACGCUUGGAUUCAACAAGAUGCUAUGGUUAUGUCCUGGAUCAAGAGCUCUGUUCAUCCCACUGUGUUGGGUGCCCUAUUCGGGAAAACCAGUUCUCAUUCUGCAUGGACCUGUCUGCGCGACCGCUAUGAUUUGCAGUCCACUGGCCGUCUUCUUCAACUUCGCAGUGAGCUGAGGAACACCCACCGUGGCAAUUCCUCCAUUGCUGAGUUUCUCGGUCGUGUCAAUUGCCUUGCUGAGACUCUCUCCUUAUCCGGUGCUCCUGUUUCUGAGUCAGAUAUUGUUGCCAUUGUUCUCAACAAUGUUGGUCCUGCAUAUAAAGGCACCGUGGCUUCUGCUCAGGCUCGUGAUGAAGCCAUAUCUUACAGUGCUUUGGAGGCCCUUAUGCUCAGCGCUGAGCGCAGUCAAACUAUGGAUGCUGUCUUCUCUGAUGAUACUGGACCUACUGGUCUUGCUGCUGCUCGUGGCGGUUGUCCUGGCACAAGUGCUAGUUCUAGAAUGGCUUACAUUCCACCACACAAGCAGCACUCGAAGGAAUCGGAGACAUUGCUGACACCAGAGCUGCUUGCUUCACAAUUGAAGAAAAACUUAAAUGUCAAUCCAUGUAACAUGUCUAGUGUGGAUGGGACUGGCAGAAUAGUUUAUGCAGACCAUCCUACACAUAGAUGGUGUGCCGUUGCUUUGGAUGACGAGAACCAAUUUCCAUCUUCUGUUAGUCUUGAACCUGUUACCUCGGAGUCUGCUGAGACGAAAAUUGGAAAUAAAUUUCUAGCUUUGACCAAUACUAGUAUAGAUAACGAAGGCGGUGAAGAGAAAUCGAAUUUGGCAAGGAACCCUGGCGCAUCUAUAGCAGAAAAUGUGCUGGAAGACUUAGUUUCUUCUUUUGAACGCGUGAGGAAUGAAAUGAAGUGUGCAAAGCUGACAGACGUAAAUCCUACUUUGGUUGCUAGAGUGGGCAAAGUACUUUUUCAUAGGGUCCCUUCAGUUAACAUCGAAUCCAUCAGAAAAAAAUUGUGUCCUGAAAUCUUGAAACGAUGGAGGCGAUUGUUUUACCCAAAUGUUCCUGUUUCAUAUAAGGAAAGGAUUGUGAAUGAAGUUGUCCCACAAAUUGGAGUUGAUUUUGAAGAGGAGGAAGAUAUAUACGAAUUACAGUUGUCUGAUUCUACGAGUCCAGAUCCAACUCUCUCCUGCAAAUGUCGGGUAAUGAAAGAACAUGGAACGCUACAACUCUACGAGGGUUUAUAUCCUGAGACUUACAUCGAAAUGUCAACUUUCUUUCAGAUCAAAUUGAAACCAGUGCGUAACAUGGUAAUGGACAUUUCAUGCACUACUAAGAAUCUGGACCUGAGACUAAUGCUGUGCACGAAGAAACUCGUAACUGAUCUGGCUGAUGAUGAGAUGCAAAGCAUUAUGGGUCUCGUUAAUUCUGCGAUUCUAGAUCCAGAUGUGAAGGGUGGAUUGAGAUGGCCCCUGGGGAAGGAGUCUUCUGGAGAUAAAUACAAAGUUCUUAGGGUUUGGCACGUAAGAGCUAAUACGUAUAGAAAUUCAUCGCUGAGAUUGAAAGUAAAACACUAUGACCGAUUUGAUUUUAGAACCUUAACCGGGGAAGCUUCUUGGGUGACAAGUCUGGUGCUGGAAAACGUAGUGUCAAAGUUACAGGAAGAAAAUGUCGAAGUCAGCUCGAUUUAUGAGAUGCUUAAGGAAAAUAUGCAGUUUAUAUGGGAUAACUUCUUGAGCUGUGAAAGUUUUUUAACAUGAAAUUGCUUCUUGUUGUAAAUCAGUGAUCACUGUCUAUUCGACAUGUAUAUAUCUGUUCACUUCCUUAGUUUUAUGUUCAACUUUUGGCAUCGUUUGAUGGAUAAUUAGUAACUGUUUUAAUGAUUUCUUGCAAUUCUGCUAUCUAUUUGUAUCUGGCAUAGUUGAUGGUUAAUGCACUUUUGGUGAUUUCAUGUCGA